UCAAUCAGUUUUGUGGCACACACACGAAACUUAACUUCGCAUAGCAACCCACCUGACCUCUGAUCUGCAGUGUAAUUCGUGUUCAGAAUUCAUUUGCUUGUGUUUUCUUUCUGAUAUUGCAUUUUUAUCUGAACCUCAGAGAGAACUAAUAAUGACGACUUUCAGGCCUGCUGAUUCCAAGCGUGAAGAGUUCAGAAAAUACCUUGAGAAGGCUGGGGUACUGGACUCACUCACAAAGAUCCUUGUGUCGCUGUAUGAAGAACCAGAGAAGCCCAACAAUGCCCUAGACUUCUUGAAGCAGCAUCUGAAUGUAGCUGGUCCAGAGACUGCAGACGUUGAAGCAUUAAGACUUCAAGUCAGUGAACUACAGCAGAAAGUUGAACAGCUUCAAGAUGAGAAUAAAGAACUCAAAUCAAAGUUGCAGCAAGAGAACCCAGAUGGUGAGCAGGGCUCCGAGGGCUAAAUAUUCUAGCUGACUUAUCGACCUCACCAUUAUUCCAUGCAAGGAAUGUCAUACCGACAGUUACCUGACCUGAUAACAUCGCUAAGCAGGAGUUACUUUUAGGCUACCACACAAGUUUUUUGGGAAGUUUGCUGAAAAGCAACACAUUUCGGCUUUGCGGCUGUGUUAACUGUUAACAUUUUUGUACAAUGCUUUGUAAAAGAUUAACAAUCUGUUUUUGAAAACUUUAUCACGUGUUUUCCUAAAUUUGUAUUACAUUGUUCUUCUGUGGGAAAUAAUGACACAAUUUAUUUGACAACAUUUUCCUUCGAGGAGACACUCAAGGUUGACUUAUUGGAUUCUCAGAAAUAUGAACCAACUUAUGAAAUUCUUUGGAUUGAGAAGUUUAGUGUUUUAAUUCAGAAAAGAUUAGUUAAUAUGCAUUUCACUGUGUAUAUAAUUUAUUUUGUGUAAUAUAUAUAUGGAAAAAGGAAGUAGAUUUUCUCUGCCCCCUUGUUUUUUUUAGUAAGUGUGAUUUCGUCACCCGGCCCAUGAGAAGUAUUUUGGCUGAUCAUCUGCGUAUUUGAAACAAUCUUGGGCAAUUAGAGUUUUUUUUUUUAGAUUCAAGUAACUUAUUGAUAUUCCUAAAAAAAACUGUUACGAUUUUGGUCCAAAGAAAAAAUGUUUGUGUUGAAGUUUGCCUUUUAAAGAGUCUGGGUACUUUUUGUGGGACACAAAACACAAUGUCCACAAAUUUACGUUUUGAAAAUAAUGAUGGUAGAAAGU